AUGACGUCGAUCUUUUACCUUGCGCUGGUGGCGUGUCUGGUCGUGCGCCCGAUCAGGGAGUAUCUGUGGUCGCUCAUAUUCCCAAGCGAGGAAACGCAACGACACUCUGAUGCCAGCACCGCCACAGAUGAACUAGAAGUUGAUGGUGGCGUUUGGGAGCAAGAAACAGUGUUUGAGUGCAUCGAAAAGGGUCUGAGAGUCAACCCUGACGAGCCUGCAUUGAUCUGUAUGAAUCAGCCUGCGCACCAUCUUGCGGGCCUUGUAUCUGGGACAGUCAAAGUCGAAACAAUCAGAGAGCCAAAGCUCAAUGGCCUUUGGCCUCGGCAACAAGAUAUCAAAGCCGACCCAUAUUACUCCAGUCCAAAGCAGAAUGGGUAUCUGAGCAGUUUCGAGAAGACUAACGGGGUCAGAGAGAGCCCUGCGGAACAUGCGCACGCACUCUGGUCCAACGACAAGCAACACAAAUUGAACGGCGUCAAUGGCGUGGAGUCGAACAAUCACAAUGCCACCGGCGGCAACAUCCACAAUUCUUCAACAUCAAUGCCAAAUGAUUAUUUGACGUUGACAUAUCGGCAGCUGCAUAGCACUGCUCUAAAGCUGGCAGCCGGGCUCCUCGAGAGCGGUGCCCGUCCCGACACCACGAUGGUCAUGGCCGUCCCAAACGGGGGCGAAUAUGCUAUUCUUCUGUGGGCCUGUGUCCUGCUACGCAUCACCUAUGUCUCUAUAGACCCAGGCCUUCUCGAGAUAUCGGGCUUCACGUCACUGAAAUACAUGCUUCGGACACUCAGGCCGCAAAUAGUUGUGGCACCUGAUGCGUCCAGAGGCAAGGCCUUCGAAGUCGCAAUGUCAGAGCUUCAGCUGGCUCCCCCAAUCCGGGUAUGUCUCUCAGGCCCGGAGAACUCAGGUUGGCUAUCACUCAGCAGCACUGCUGGCAAAGCCCAGGCCAACGCGGAACGAGACCAGAGUCUGGUGUCAGCCGCCCGCAGAGACAGGCCAUCGCGCAUUCACUCCGUCAUGUUCACAUCAGGCACGUCCGGCCAGCCCAAAGGUUGUCCCCAAAGGGUCAGCGGCAUGGCGCACGCGCUGCGUUCCCAGGCGUGGCUGCUGGACGGUCAAGCGGCAUCGCGCGCUCUGAUGCAACCUCACAACUCACGCGGGAUCGCGCCCGCGCAGACGCUCCAGACGUGGAAUGCGGGCGGCACCGUCGUGAUGACUGGGCAAGUGUUCGACGCGCAUGCUGCGCUGGAUGCCAUAUCUCACCUGCGUGCCACCUUCUUGGUCCUGACGCCUGCGAUGGUACAUGACGUGGCAGAUGCUCUUCAAGCGCGGCAGCCAGGAGGUGUAGACCUCGGUUGUGUUCACACCGUCCAAGUCGGCGGCGACGCCAUAACGCGUGGCUUGCUAGAGAGGUGCGCGGUGCUUUUUCCGCGUGCCCGAAUUUGUGUCAACCACGGCAUGACCGAAGGCCCGGGCGCUUUUCUGUGGCCAUCUAGGUUUAUCAGCGCACAGGAAACGGCACCCAGACUGUCCUUCUAUGCUGGCGAGAUCUCCCCAGCUGGUGCUGUGGCACCUGGUGCGAGAGUCCGCAUUUGGGACGCGGAAGAGGGCCGCGUUGUGGGCAGAGGAGAGCCCGGCGAGCUGCAUGUCUCUUGCCCCAGCAUAAUUCAUCACUAUUGGGGUGGCAGAUCAGAAGAGUCAUUUUCCGAGGACGACAGACAGAGGAGGUGGUUCAAGUCUGGAGACAUAGCCGUGGUUGAUGAGAACGGUCUUGUCUUUGUUCUUGGGAGGAAGAAAGACAUUAUCAGGCGAGCAGGAGUGAAAAUCAUGCCCGCUGUUAUUGAGAGCGUUCUGGAGGCUUUCAUCGGUACUCAGACAGUCGUGGUGCCUGUUCAUCAUCAUGUUCUUGGGGCAGAACCGUUCGCCAUUUUCAGCUCUUACAACGGUAAAUCUCAAAAUCAAAUUAAGGACCAUAUCAGGAAGACAUUGGGAAAAGGCUACGCGCUCGGCGGAGCAGCAUCAUUAGAACAGCUUGGGCUUUAUGGCUUUCCUCUGAACUCUACACACAAGGUUGACAGAGCCCAGAUUCAAGUAGCUGUAGAUUCAUUCACAAAGGGAAGGGCGGGCACAAAGUAG